AUCUUAAAUGAAAUCUAUAAAGGCGUCGAUGUGUUCGUGUUUGCUGAUUAGAUUCUUUCGCCGCCUCAUCGUUGUGUUCUUUGCCGUUUGGCUCUUCUUCUUUCUUUUCUUCCAAUCAGCAAACGCAGGAGAAACCUGUAGAAUUUCUCGUGAUUUGGUUCUCCGCCGCAUCUGUUGCCGCGUACACCCUCGAAGAUCGAUCUUUGUUGGUGAUCUUAUCGUGUUCUGUUGUUUUUCCUGCCCUUCUCUUUGUGUUUUCUUCCUCUGGUUUCGUAAAGAAAAGAGACCGGUUUCCGGGAGCCGUGAGUGGCGGCCAAGAGGGAAAGCGAGAGGAAGAGGAUGCUGUAUUUGAAGCAGCCAUGGAGGAACCUGGAGCUGCGGCGGCGGACGCCCUGACCUCAGGGGCUUCGGAUGUCCAAGUGAUGUCGUCCGAUCCCGGGGCGCGGGCUCCGGACGGAAUGGCAGCAGAUGGAGGAGCCGUGGCUCGGAACAACGACGAGCCCAACGACGCCAGCUUCUACCUGCACGUCUUCGAGCUAUACGAGACUCAAUCUAACUUUUAUAUGAUCAGAAAGAACAGAACAUCAUGGAGACUGUUAAAGAUUGGCAGGUUGAGAGCUUCAGAACUUAAUAUCUGUCAGGAGUCCACCACAUACACUGAAAGUGAAUGUAAAGAGUUGCUAAAUCGAAUACAUGAAGAAAACAAGUCGACUGGCGGACUAAAGUUUGUCACCGACUGCUAUGGCAUUGUUGGAUUUGUAAAGUUUCUGGGGCCUUACUACAUGCUCCUUAUAACUGAAAGGGAGGAAAUUGGAGCUAUACUUGGUCACACGAUCUAUGCUAUCACCAAGAGCAAAAUCAUCGCACUACCAAAUUCAAGUGUCCAAUCUAAUAUGGCCAAUUCUAGAGAAGAGCGCAGAUACAAGAAGCUCUUUUGUACAGUGGACAUCACGCAAGGUUUCUUUUUUAGCUACUCAUAUAGCAUCAUGCAAAGCUUACAGAAGAAUAUGUGCGAGGGAAAAACAGGGCAGUUGUUGUAUGAAUCCAUGUUUAUAUGGAAUGAAUUCUUGACCCGUGAAAUUCAUAGCCAUCUGAAAAGUACUUUAUGGACAGUAUAUUUAGUAUAUGGUUUCUUUAAGCAGGUGAAACUUUCAACUCAUGGAAAAGAUUUUUGGUUGACUCUAAUUGCUAGGCGCUCACAACACUGUGCUGGGACCAGGUAUCUCAAGCGUGGUGUUGAUGAAGAUGGUAAUGUGGCAAAUGAUGUUGAGACUGAACAAAUUAUCUUUGAAGACAUUCCUGGAGAAAUUCCAACAUGUUUUAGUUCUAUAGUCCAGAAUAGGGGUUCUAUACCUCUUUUUUGGUCUCAAGAAACCUCAAAACUUAAUCUGAAGCCUGAUAUUAUCUUGAAUAAAGAUAAAGGUUAUGAAGCUACUAAGCUUCAUUUUGAUAAUCUUGCAGAAAGAUAUGGAAAGCCUAUUGUUAUUUUGAACUUGAUUAAGUCAGAAGAAAAAAAACCUCGUGAAUCUAUUCUACGUUCAGAGUUUGCCAGUGCAGUUAAGUAUGUGGAUAAGAACCUAUCAGAAGAUAGUCAUUUAAAGUUCUUACAUUGGGACAUUCAUAAGCAUUAUCGAAGCAAAGCUAAAAAUGUGCUUACAAUGCUGGUAGAAGUGGCGGCAUGUACCUUAAAGCUAACUGACUUCUUUUACUGUGAAAUGGCACCUGCAUUAAGAUAUGAAAGUGACUUAAGAUGGCCCACUUCUGUGAUGGAUGAUGCUGGUGACCAAUCAUCGAAUAAUAUUUGCAGCAGUAGCAGCUGCAGCACCACUGACAAAGAUGAUGUUGAUAUGCAAGAAAAUGGAUCUCAAGAAAACAUGGAUUCUGAUAUAUCUGGAUCAGAAACAAAAACAAUUGCAGUUAGCAAUGGUGGACUUUGUUCAGUUAAAUCACUUAGGUGUCAGAAAGGUGUUCUACGAACAAAUUGCAUAGAUUGUUUAGAUCGCACAAAUAUUGCCCAGUAUGCCUAUGGUUUAGUUGCACUAGGGCAUCAACUUCAUGCAUUGAAAUUAUCUCCUUGCCCAAGCAUUCCUCUAGAUGCCACCUUGGCUGAUCAUUUCAUGACAUAUUAUGAGAAAAUGGGUGACACACUUUCUCUGCAGUAUGGUGGUUCUACUGCUCAUAAUAAGAUUUUUUCUGAAAGAAGAGGUCAAUGCAAAGCAACAAUCCGAUAUCAAGAGUUACUCAGAACAUUUCAAAGAUAUUAUAGUAAUGCCUUUACAGAUGUUGACAAACAGGCUGCAAUAGAUCUAUUUCUGGGACGAUUUCAACCUCAACUGGACAAACCAGCAAUCUGGGAGCAUUGUGGUGUUGGGAAGAGUGGUCAUGGUUUUACCAAUGAAAUUUCAAGGUACACUGCCGUGGUGCCUCAUGGGCAGCAUUUUGCAGAAAGUGCAGAUAGUUCUUUGUAUAAAGACUGGUACUCAAAUUUUCUGGAUUUUGAAUCAAUUUUAUCUUCUCGAAGUUUUCUUGAGGGAGAAAUGAAUGACAGAUCCACAUUGAAUUCUCCAAUUGAAAGCCUUUCUACUCAAAAUAUUGCUGAUGGCAGAAGUAAUGAGGCAUCCUCAGAUCUUGUAGAAAAUGGGUCACUUACAGAGGGAGACCAGGUAAUUGAAGAACAGCCUCAAGACACUGUCCGAACAGCUAACAAACGGAACAAAUUUCCUGACAGCUUCGCACAUUGGGUUCACCAUGGAGAGGCUUUAUACCGUUGAUUUCGACUAUUUUUAUCAUAUUCUUUGACGCUCCCAUCUGAUACUCGUCUUCAUUGACAAGGACUUAAAGAUGCCAGCUUAAGCGAGAACAGGAGAAUGUAAAAGUUGAUUUGAUUGAUGCAGUGCUGCUGUCCUGCUAGUUUGAAGGAAGUAUAUGAUUUUUAUAGAGGUUGGCCAGUUUAUGAUAGAUGAAAUCUCAUCAAUGUAAAUAUUAGGAUAGCUACUUGUGUCCUCAUGAGCUUGGACAAUUGUGGCCGCGAUUCUUUUUCUACUUCGAGUUUGGUCCUUUGUUUAUGUCUGUAAAUACUUGUAUAAACCGGAAAUAAAAAGGAACAGUCAUGUUGUUUUUCUUUUGACUA